AUGGCUCCCAACUCUUCUCUCGUUCUUGUCACCGGAUCAACUCAAGGUAUUGGUCUUGCUGUCGUCAAAGAACUUGCCACCAAACACAACUACCAUGUCCUUCUUGGUGUUCGCAACACCGAGGCCGGCGAACAGAUCGCCUCUGAUCUUUGCAACGAGGGCUACAAGGCAAAUGUUGUCGAACUAGACCUCACUUCCCCCGAUUCUAUCAAUAAGGCCGUCACAUACAUUGAGAGGAACUAUGGAUACCUUGAUGUUCUGAUCAACAAUGCUGGUGUCUUGCUCGAUGGGCACAAGGAUCUUACAACUUGGGACCUUUACCAGAUGACAUUCACAACCAAUGUUAUUGGAACUGGUUGCCUGACUCAAAACCUCCUUCCACUUCUCCGUCAGGCUAAAGUAGGCCCACCUCGCAUCAUCUUUGUAACAAGCGUGAUGGGUAGUCUCGCAAAAGCCACCGAUGAAACUACGAUUUACUACAAUAUCGACUAUAAAGCGUAUGACGCGAGCAAAGCAGCCGUCAACAUGCUUAUGUUCAACUUUGCCCGGGAAUUUGAUGACAUCGGCGGAAAAGUGAACUCUGUAUGUCCGGGCUUGGUCAAGACAGCUUUGUCGGGUUACCAUGACUGGGGAACGACUCCAGAGGUUGGCGCUGAAAGGAUUGUGGAAUUGGCUACUACUACGGAUCAUGAUGGACCGCAUAAGACUAUCAGCAAUCGCGAUGGCGAAAUUCCAAGGUAA